UUUAAUUUGAUAAUUUUUGGUUAAUUUAUAAAAUUUAUCAUUUUCAAAUAUCCCAAAAAAUAAAUAUAAAUUUUAUUUAUAUUUUAAAUUCUAUUUGUUGGUUAAUUUUAAAAUGAUAAAUAAUAGAAAUUAAGAAAAUAAUUUGAUUUUGAUUUUUUAAAUAAUAUUUAGGCUGACGAGGCAAUGACAUGGCGUGUUGACUACGGUCAACGAGGUUGACCAUCCAAAUUGACGGUCAAAUCAUGUGUCGGGCCAAUUGAGUUUAUAUGCUGCAUAGUUGAGGCCAGAAUGUUAAUUUCUGAAACCACGGGCCAAAGUUGAUUAUAUGGUCAUAGUUCGAGUCAAUAUAAGGUAUUAACCCGAAAAUAUAUCACAUAACUCAUCUAUGAAUUUAAACAAAUUUAAACAAAACAAGCUAACCCAGAGUAUGAUAUAUGUAAUAAUCCUAAGAGUCUACACACGAAAUAAUGAGAAAUCAUAUUAAUAACGUGGAGAACAAAAGUGAAAUUAGUAUCAACUAACGAUUGCUAUUUUGAAGAAAUAAAUACAAACAAGUGCAAUAUUGUUGUGUGUAUACUUGGUCUAGCAUUAUUGGAUAAAGAAAUAGGCUAUUUUUUCAUAAAUUGAAACAAUAAAAAGAGCGGAGUCUCCUCUGACAUUGUUAUUAUUAUUGCUAUCAUCAAUAUCAUUAUUCUAUUGCUUUUAGUUAUAAUUUAAAAUAUAUUAAUAGCAAAACAUGAACCAUAAUUGAUUAAGUGAAGGGGAAUUGGGAAAGUAUUUGGGGUCUGUUAUGAAUGGGCUGGAGCGCUCUUAACAAACUCAAGGUCAAUUAAGAUGUAUGUUGAGACAUAACUUAAAUCCAUUUACAGUUAGGCGGAGGGAGAACAUAAUUUUUUAUGGACUAAAAUUCCCCUAUCGAGAAUUAAGGGGAGAGGAGGAAUUUUUUAAUUGGAGAAAAUCCACUAAAAUACCACUAUUUAUUAUUCUUUUGAUUUAAUUUUGGAUGGGCACGAAGAGUCACCAACAUACUUCAUAUCACUAUUCCUAGUUGCGUUACUAUCACCAACAUACGAUAUGUCGUGGAUGUUAUGUGGGGAUUUUAACCAGGUGCUAGGAUAUGAGAAAAAGAACGAGGAAAAUCCUCCAAUUUGCAGAAUAUGGAGGAGAUCCACACAACUCUAGACGAGUGCCAUAUGGAGGACCUCGGUUACUAUUAAAAUCCUUUUACAUGGGAUAACGACAUGGUUAAUGAAGGAUUUCUAGAAGAGCGGGUGGACAAAGCAGUAGCAAACUCGGAAUGGAGAAGAAUGUAUCCAGAAGCGUGUGUGCUCCAUUUAGAUAGAUGGGUUUUAGACCAUCUCCCCAUCAAGAUUGUGCUGACUAAUCAAAAAGAAAAAAUAAGAUGAGGGUGGCAUUUCAGGUUCGAACCAUUAUGACAACAACAUGAUGAAUGCAAAAACAUUGAUACAAUAGGAAUGGAACAGAGACCCGACAAGAGGAGUAGAGAAAAUGAUCAAGGAGUUUGAGAAAAACUGUUACAAUGGAGUAGGGAAACAUUUGGAAAUCUGAAAAAGAGUGAAGUGGAAAGCUGAAAGAGCACUAGCAAUAAUAGCCAAACGAAAAAAGAACCAAGCAGUAAUCAUAUGGAGACGAAUUCUUGAAAAAAGAACUGAACAAAGUUCUAAAGCUGGAAGAAAUUAUAUGGAAACAAAGAGCAAGAGUGUACUAGUUGAAGGAGGGAGAUCGUAACACCAAUUUUUUUCAUCGGAAAGCCUCUGAAAGAAUAAAGCGCAAAACCAUCAGAGAAUUAAAAAAUGAGGAAGGGGUGGUGUUCAAGGGACAAGCAGAAGUGUCAUAUUGUAUUGCAGAGUAUCUUAAAGGUAUUUACAAGGCGGGAAUGACUUUGAACAUUGAGGAGGUGUUGGCCACAGUGGAAAGGAAAGUGACAGACCAAAUGAAUGAAAACUUGCUGAGAGAGCUGACUAGUGAUGAAGUGUGGCAGGCCUUUUGAAGAGUAUAGCUCCAAAUACAGCGUCUAGGGUGGAUGGAAUGCCAACACUUCUCUACCAGAAUAAUUGGAAUAUAGUAGGAAAGUAGUCACAAAGAAACUCAAGCAAAUAUUUGAGACAACCAUUAUGCCACCUAGUCUUAUCAAAAUUAUACGGGUUCUAAUAACAAAGACAAAGAAACUUAAAUCCUUGAAAGAAUUUUGAACGAUAAGCCUUUCCAAGGUACAUUAUAAAAUACUAUCAAAAGUGCCGGCGAAUCGGUUAAAACAAGUCUUGGACGAGGUCAUUACAGAAACUCAAAAGUGCUUUUGUACCCGGAAGGAAUAUUCUAAUAACAUGAUGGUUGCAUUAGAAUGUUUCCAUGCAAUGAAGAACAUAAAGGAAGAAAAAAUAGUACGUAGCAGCCAAACUGGAUUUUGCUAAGGUGUACGACAGAGUUGAAUGGUCAUUCCUACAAGAAAUUAUGUUGAAAUGGGGUUUCAAAGAAGAAUGGGUGAAUCUAAUAAUGUAGGGUGUAACUACAGUCUCCUACUCAGCCCUAGUAAUGAGAAAGAAGUUUUCAAACCAUCUAGAGGGCUUAGGGUUACGAUAGGGGCCCCCAAUAUCACCCUAUUUGUUCCUACUGUGUGUAGAGGGCUUAUCAGCAUUAAUGAAGAGGGUUGUCAUAGAAGAAAAGCUCCACGGGCUAAAGAUCAGUUAAAGUAGACCAAUGAUUAUACAUCUAUUUUCCGCUGAUGAUAUCAUUUUUUCUUUGAAGCUAAGAAGUCGAAGGAGAAGCCCUUAAAUAGAUAUUGGAGAGAUAUGAAUCAACCUCGGGGCAACAAGUUAGUUUGCUGAAAUUGGAAUUAUCUUUCAGUGGUUGAACAGAGAUGGCUCAUUUAUAGGGAAUGAAAGCAGUUAACAAUCAUGACAAAUACCUAGGGUUUUCUACGAUUAUUGGUAGAUCGAAGAAGGUCAUUUUCUCGCAGCUAAUUGAUAAGUCAUGAAGAAUAUAAAGAUGUAGAAAAGCAAAUUAACGUCUAAUGAAACAAAGGCGGUACUGAUCAAGGCCAUUGCACAAGCACAUAAUUUUUAUAAAAUGUCGGUUUUCUUAAUAUCUCAAGGAGUGAUCCAAGAAAUUCAAAGCUUGAUUGCGAGAUUCUGGUGGGGAAGAAAGAGGGAAGAAAUAGAAUUCACUAGAGCUGGGAGAGGCUCUGUAAACCAAAGGAGGAAGGAGGUAUGGGAUUUCACGACCUACAUAGUUUCAAUAUAGCACUACUAGCCAGACAAGUUUGGAAUCUUCUUAAAAAGCCAAACAACUUAGAAGCAAAGGUAUAGAAAACAAAAUACCAUCCCCACUGUGACAUCUUUCAAGCGGAAGUGGGAACUAAUGCUAGUUAUAUCUACGAAGUCUAAUGUCAGCACAAGGUUUGAUUCGUGAUGGAACGAGAUGGAGAAUUGGAAACGAGAAUCAGGCUCAUAUUUGGUGGGACAGAUGGGUACCUAAGCUCUGGAUUUAAAGGUUACAUCAACACUGGCUAGAUUGAAUUUUGAUGCAAAGGUCUUGGAAUUUAUAGAUGGAGAAACAAGGGCGUGGAAAGUAACAUACUGCAAACAUACUUUAACCUAAGGGACAGAGAAAAAGAAAGGGCCUUACAAGCCACCAAAUGGACUACCCUAUUGUUAUCCCUACCCACAAAACAAACUUUGUAACUAGAAUAGGCAUCAUUGAGCUGCACAAUCUCUUCGAAAAUAGCACCUCCAAAACAUGUGAUCCACUUUUUGCCGCCCCAUCCACAUUGCAAGACAUCAAGCUCCCUAGCAUCGGCGAUGGUAGCCUCGACAUAUCCAACUCUGCUUCCAUACCCCCUGAUUUGGGCCUAGCCCCAACCAUUUCUUCGCUUGGAUAGUGUACAAUCGUAGAAAUAAGUGCCACGAUAUUGGAUUCCAUCAUGAAUAACCCAGUUUCUUGAUUUCCAUAUUCUCCAAAGGAGAGCAACGAGCCUCAUAAGUCAUAACACUAGCCAACGAAGCAUCUCAUUGAAUCAGCUGGCAAAAAAACAUACCAAAGAUUCUUAUCUCCGCACCAACCAACGUCGGCCGAAGACUAGUAGCCUCCCAUAACUCAAGCGCCAUCAGCAAGCGGCAAAAUAUGACGCAAUAAUUGCUAGACAAAGAAUUUUAAUUUCGGCGGUAUGGGGAAGGCCCAAAACUUAUGCCAGAACCUGAAAUCCUCAUCCUCCACCCCCACUUUACACUGACCUGUCGACCGAGCCAAAUGAGUUGCUAGGUAGUAACCUGACUUAACAUAAUAUACCCCAAAGGCCUCGACAUUCCAUAUUCUAUUAUCCUCCACCUCCUCACACGACAACAAAAUAGCCAAAAUUGCCCUUGUAACAUUAUUCGGGAAGCACUCCCCAACACAUUGCUGACACUACACACCAGAGCCCGACUCAAUUAGCGAUGAAACCCGUUCCCCACCUUAAAUAGCAUAUGCCUCACCAUCAAAGAGCUAUCAUGCAACUGCGACACCCAUUUGUCACCCGAGAUAUCAAUUUUUUCUCCAUUUUCCAACUUGCCAUCUCAACCCUUGUUGCAAUAACUCUCUCCCAUGGAGAAUCCCCUUCAAACCACACGAGGUCUAGAACCCAACCGAGCAGAAAGGAGCUCCCCCGUCGAAAUUACUUCCCCUUAUAAAUCCAAGCUAACAGGUAUCCGGUUGGUCAAGGAUACACCAACCAAUUUUCACUAGCAGCGCUUGAUUAACCUGUUCAAAUUUCUGGAAUUCCAACCCAUCAUCCUGCUUCUUCUACAAAGUGAACUCCAUGAACAACAAUGUUCACUAGCCCAAUUCCCACAGGACCCCCACCAAAAUAGAGCCAUGUAUCUAUCAAUUCUCCUGCAUAGCAUAACCGGCAGUAAAAAACAAGACAUCAUAUAUACUAGAAGAGUAGAAGCCACAGAUUUCAACAAUGUUUCCUUCGUCGUCCAAGACAAGUGUCUUUGCUUCAAUCCUUAUAGUUUACUGAACAACCUCUCCUCAAGGUAUCUAAAACUAGCGCCUUUCACCCUCACAAUCAAGGAUGGCAAGCCAAGGUAUUUACUACGAUCUCUUUCUCCAAUGUCCACACCGUGGUUUUGGAGAGCAAUUCCGGAUUGAGAUUCUACAAUGGUCUCUUCCAAGAAGAUCAGGCACUUAUUAAUUCUUUAUGACAAGGGAAUAUGCUAAAACAACUCCACCCCAGAUAACUGCAUUGUUUGAAGAAAUGGCCGAUAAGGGCUAUGAUUGGGGUAUGACAAGGCGUGGAAGGAAGAUUUGAGAAAGAGGAGUGUACUCCAUCGAAGCAACUCCUCCACUUGCGGAAAAGAUUGAUGAGUUGAUCAAGGUGAUCUUGCAUGAUAGGAAGCAAGGGAAGAGCUCGGUUAUGGCUUGUGAUUGGUGUCCAAAUCCCAACCAUGCAAUGACAGAAUGUCAAAUCAAGAGGGAGGCAAACACCCCGAAAGAACAAGUUUAUGUCAUUGCGAAUGCAGAAAGCUCCACAAAUAGCAACAAACCUUGUGGCAAGUUGCUCAAUCCGGGGGUGAAUUGACCAUCUGGUCCAUGCAUGGGUAGCACCAACCGAUCAAGAGCCUCAUAUUCAGGUCAUGACUUCUUUUUCUUAUCAACCGCAAUCUGACAUGACUUUUUUUUCAUACCACAUCAAAGUAUAGGAAAUAUACUACAAAGGAAAGG